UUGAAAACAAAACAACAAAACCGAAGUGCUCUUCAGUAUCAGAAGGUAAGCUCUCAGUCUAUGGAAGAAAACACAAGCGUACGAGUUCUGUGCCCAAAGCUCCUCCUUCCACACAAAAACGAACCGGGUUUCCAAUGGCUUAUCGGAUCCCCAUUCUUCCCUCCUCUCACCAUAAUCUCCACCGUCCGAUGCAUCCACACCAUCUCUCCCUCCGACGCUCCAGAUCUCCUCAAAGAAUCAGAGGAUCUUCGAGCUCUGCUCUUGAAGGGAUUCGACGUGAUUGGAGCUUUUGUGAUCGGAAAAUCCGACUCGGAAUCGAAGGUUCGCGAAGCUAUUGACGCUGCUCGUAGGUUGAGGAAGCUGCUCUCUAAUGGAGGUGGAGAUUUGGAGAAUAAGGAAAUGAUCGGUGCAUAUGUGGAUUUGAAUAGUAAAACCGAUAUUCGGUUUUUCGUGUCGAAAUCGGCAAGUUCGACGAGCAUUGAACCGGUUAAUUCGGUUGUGCAUGAAGAUAAGCCGGAGAAGUUUGUUUGGGAGACUGGUUGUUUGCUUCGUUGCGAGGUUCCAAUUCGGUUUCCGGUUUAUUUUCCUGUGAAUAGUCCGAUUGAUGCAGAGAAGAUAUAUUGGCGUGCAACUGAAGCAGUUGCUGCCAAGUUGAAAGACCCACAGGUUGUUUACGUGGUAGAAACAAUAAGAAAAACUUCUGCAGAAGGACCUAAACCUCUCAUUCUUCGUGGUGCAGAAUUGGACUUUCAAACCGAUGUUUCAAAUAUUAAACUUUUGGAUAAAGAUGCUCAAGGUUCCGACCCAAAGUGUAUACCAUGUGCACAUUUUUGUUUGAAAAGUAAACCUGACUCACAAAAGUUUUCUGCAGAGAAUGCAGAUACUAUUCAAGUAAGUGUUCUGCUGAAUAACUCAGAAAAGUCUCUAAAAUCCAUUGCACCAGUUGCAGAAUAUGUUCCAGCUUUGGAAGAAGCCAGACUUUUAGUUGUAAGCUUUAAGCUAGAAGUUCUCUGUUAUGCGGCUAAGGAUAUUCCAGUGAUGUAUGCAGUUUCUAAGUUAAUCAUCCCUGGUUUGGUUGAUCAGCUAAAUUCAAUGAAGAACUUAAUAUUGCCCAACCUCUUAACAGAACAUCCUCAGCUUCGUCCCUAUCACUUCAAUCCUCCUGGAGUUUUGCAUCCAAUCACUGUUAUCUAUGAACUUAAUUAUGGGGAGACAGAAAUGAAACAAGUUGAAAUUAGAAAAUCCCUACACCUAAGGCUGGGAUUACCUUUUGAUCGUCCUCUCUUAAGGAUUGCUAAUGUGCUUGAUUUGUCUACAACAAAUGUCGGUGGAAGGAGUGACUCAAUACGAAAGGGUUCUACUUUUCUUAAAGAUGUGCAUAUUGGGAUUCCAAGCAGUGGAGUUUCAGGGGGCAGUAUGUCUCUAGUUCAAGGUUCUUAUGAAUACUAUCACUAUCUUCAAGAUGGUUUUAAUGAUUCGGGAUGGGGUUGUGCUUACCGUUCUCUUCAGACUAUCAUCUCAUGGUUUAGACUCCAGCACUACACAUCCAUAGAUGUUCCUUCACAUAGGGAAAUACAGCAGUCACUUGUAGAGAUUGACGAUAAGGAUCCUUCUUUUAUCGGUUCACGUGAAUGGAUUGGUGCCAUUGAAUUGAGCUUUGUCUUGGACAAACUUCUGGGUGUCAGUUGCAAAGUCAUGAACUUAAGAUCUGGAGCUGAGGUUCCUGAGAAGUGUCGAGAGCUGGCAUUGCACUUUGAGAAUCAGGGAACACCUAUUAUGAUUGGUGGUGGUGUUCUUGCAUAUACCCUAUUGGGAGUUGACUAUAACGAAGCAAGCGGAGAUUGUGCAUUUCUCAUACUUGAUCCUCACUACACUGGCAAUGAUGAUCUCAAGAAAAUUGUAAAUGGUGGAUGGUGUGGGUGGAAAAAGGCUGUUGAUAGCAAGGGAAAGAGCUUCUUCUUACAUGAUAAGUUUUAUAAUCUUCUGUUGCCACAACGACCAAACAUGGUGUGAUUUGGACAAUCGAGGUGGAGUUACCACCAACUCUUUACCCUCUAAUUUCCUUGCAGAAGAGGCAGCCUUUCAGUAAGUUAUGUACAUGCAACCAAUGUUGACUACCCAAAAAUGAAUUAAAAAAAUUGUUGGAACUUAGGGUGAACUGGGAGUGGUAAAUAGUUGCCAAUUGUGAGUUUUGUCUUCUUUUGAAAGUCAUAGUUAAUUUUGUGAUUUGCAUACGAUGAAGUACGGUCAAUUUCUUUCUCAUUGCCAUUAUUUUCUGGUUGAAUCAGCUUCUUGUUCAAUUGUGGAACUGGGCCACCCUUGUUUUAUAUAUAACUUACUUUAGGAGUGUUGGUUGCUA